GGUCCCGGAUGCUCCCGGGCUGAGGGCCCGGGCGCAGGCGGGGAGGAAGCGGCGGUGAGACCCGAGUCGGGGUGGUCGGGUGUGGGUGACCCGUGGGCGGGAUGCCCAGUGCAGGAGGGGCGGGCGGCAGAGAAAACGGCUUCGGUGCCUGAACGCGGGUAACAUCUCUACCCAACAUGGGGCUCAAAUCUACAACCCAAGAUCAAGAGUCGCUCGCCUCACCUACUGAGUCCUCAGGCACCCUGAAAACAAAUGUUUUUACAUUGAAAAACUAGCAUGUCCCAGCACUCACGAGUUGUUCCUGAGCUGCUUCUUCCCUUGCUGUGGUCCUUCCUGCCCCUUCUCAAGCUGUGCCCUUCUGGCAGCCCACACUUUUCCUGAGCCAGCAGAACAUGAUCCCAUCCCAGGGAUUAUUGUCAUUCCGGGAUGUAACUGUGGACUUCUCCCAGGAGGAGUGGCAGCGCCUGGCCCCUGCUCAGAGGACCCUGUACAGGGACGUGAUGCUGGAGAACUAUAGCCACCUUGUCUCAGUGGGGUUGUCCAUUCCUAAACCAGAAGUGAUCCGCAAGUUGGAGCAAGGAGAGGAGCCAUGGAUAUUAGAGACCCGAGGCCAGAGUGACCCAGAAUUAAUUAAUAGUAGUAGAAACUAUUCAAGAAAGAAGUUCAAUGAGUCUAACAAAGGUAGAAAUUGGCUCCGUAAUGAUAAACAUGAAGGAAUUUAUUCUGAAGAGAAACUUUAUAAAUAUAAUAAAAAUGGGAAUGGCCUCCAUCUUAAUGAAGAUUUUGUUCACCAUCAGAAAACUCAAAUUUUGGAGCAACCUUUUGAAUACAGUGAAUGUAGGAAAGCUUUCCAUGAGAAUUCACUCUUUGUUGUACGUAAGAAAAUUUACACAAGAAAGAGCUCCUGUGAACACACUGAUUAUGGGAAGAUCUGUGAUGUGUCACCCCUCAUGGCGCAUCAGAGAACACAUCCAAGAGAAAAUCAUUAUGAAUAUAAUGAAUGUGGAGAAAAUUUCUUUGAGGAAUCCAUUCUUUUUGAGCAGCAGACUGUUCAGCCUUUCAGCCAGAAGUCAAACCUCAUUCCAAUUCAGAGAACCCACUCAGUUGAUAAUGUAAUUGAAUAUAAUGAAAGUGAAACAUUUUUCAGGGAAAAGUUAAUCUUUGGUGUACAACAGAGAACACGCACAGGAGAAAAACCUUAUGAAUGUCAUGAAUGUGGAAAAACUUUCAACCAGAAGUCAGCCCACACAAGACAUCAGAGAACACACACAGGGGAAAAAUCUUGUGAAUGUCAUGAAUGUGGGAAAACUUUCUACAAGAAUUCAGAUCUCAUCAAGCACCAGAGAAUUCACACAGGGGAGAAACCUUUUGAAUGUCAGGAAUGUGGGAAGUCCUUCAGUGAAAAGUCAACCCUUACUCAACAUGGAAGAACACACACAGGGGAGAAACCGUAUGAAUGUCAGGAAUGUGGGAAAGCUUUCUCGUUUAAGUCAGUCCUUACUGUACAUCAGAAAACACACACAGGGGAGAAGCCCUAUGAGUGUUAUGAAUGUAGGAAAGCCUUUCUUAGAAAAUCAGACCUCAUAAAACAUCAAAGAACUCACACAGGGGAGAAACCUUAUGAAUGUAAUGAAUGUGGGAAAUCCUUCUCUGAGAAGUCAACCCUUACCAAACAUCUGAGAACUCACACUGGUGAGAAACCCUAUGAAUGUAUUGAAUGUGGGAAAUUUUUCUGCUACUACUCGGGUUUCACAGAACAUCAGAGAAGACACACAGGGGAGAAACCUUUUGGUUGUAAUGAAUGUGGGAAAAACUUCCGUCAGAAGUCAGCCCUAAUUGUUCAUCAAAGAACUCACAUAAGACAGAAACCCUAUGAAUGUAAUGAAUGUGGGAAAUCAUUCUGUGUAAAGUCAAAACUCAUUGCACAUCAUAGAACACACACAGGGGAAAAACCCUAUGAAUGUAAUGUAUGUGGAAAAUCAUUUUAUGUAAAGUCAAAACUUACUGUACAUCAACGAACACAUUUGGGGAGAAACCCUAUAAAUGUAAUAAAUGAGGGAAAUCACUCUGGGUUAAGUCAAGAGUUUAUAGAAAAAGAAUGUAAAAAGGGAGAAAAAUCUGUUGCUGUAAUGAUUUUGAAAGCAUCUUAGGUCUAAAAUCAGUUCUCACAAUACAGCAGAGAACUUAGAGGAUAGAAUAAUAGGAAGCUAUUGGGUAUAGAAAAUUUUGUGAUGGAAUUUGAACCAUAGAAUAUAUCAGAAAUCUCGGAGUGGAGAAAACCUUAUCAGUAAAUCACCCAAAGCCACACCUCACAAGUUAGAAACCUCUAUCAGCAUUCAUGGAGUAGAAAGUACUUUAUCCACAGGCUAUAGAGAAUGCACAGAUUAUAGGAAACUAUAAGAAAGCAUUGUGGUAUUUUAUUAGAUGUAGCAUCUUAGUGGAAUCAGAAGUUACUAGAGAAAAUAUUUUAAACGUGUGGGAGCUUUAAGAUAAAAUAUAAGCUUACAUCAGAGAUUUUGAAUUGAAGGGUCUCUAGCAAUUUAAGGUGGAGAAUGUUUUUCAUUUAGAAAUAGCUUUGUAUUUUUGUUAAGAUGCAAUUUGGCCCAUUUCCAGGCCUGUUAUUCCCCACAGUUUAAGGUAUUAGAUGUGAAAACACACCACACAGGGACCAGCAGUUGGAAGCAAGUCAGAGGCUCACGCAUAUGCAGAAGAAAAGGUUUUUAGCAAGAGGACCCACCAGGAGGACUUUCUGAUGUCCAGGAAGAGAGAGAUUCUGGAUCUGGUGACACAUGUAGGGGCAGCUUGCCAGCGGGGUGUGUUCAUAAUUCUGGGGCAGAAUUUUUGAGUGGCUCAUUCUGGAACGGGGGCAGAGGGGAAAGGUGGGGUGCUGUGCGUGCACCUUAGUGGAGGUGGUAGAAGUGAGUGAGCAUGAAGCAUAGGUGGUCUGUGCCCUGGGGCCGGUGUUUCCUUUUGGCUCAGUGUCACCCUGCUGUUGUGACUUGUACCCUACUUUGUAUCUCCACACACUUAAGCCUUUCAUAGGUGAUGUAACAAUGUCCAAAAAAUGAAAUACUCACAUACAAAAAUGUA